GAGAGCCGCGGCCCUGCAAGCGGCGCCAUCUCCGCCCAGAAACUCCCUCCGCAAAAAUGGCGGCGCGGCCCCGUGCGCGGGCCCGGCAGGGAGCGGGUGGCCGCCGAGGCGGACCGCCACGACGCGAGGCGAGAGCGGCCCCGGCCCCGGCCCCGGCCCCGGCCCCGCGGGCCGCGUCAGAGUGCGUUGCCGGGCACCCCGCGGCGGAAAGAUGCCGCGGCCCGCGCCGGGCGCUAUGGCGGACGGUUACCAGCUGUGGGCGCCGCGCUCGCCCCUCGACGAGUCCCUGCGGUGGCUGCGGGGCGGCGCGGCGCAGCCCGCCACGGCGCACCCCUUCCGCGGCGGCGGCCCCGGCCCCCAGGCGACGGCGGCGGGGGGGGCGGCGGGGCUGCGCGGCCGCGGGGCGGGGCUGCGGCGGCCGCAGGCCGUGCGGCUGUGCGGCCUGGACGCCGUUUUCGGGCGGCUGGUGACGGCGCAGCCGCCGCGCUGGACCGGGGCGCUGCGGGUGUCGGAGCGCUCGGCCUUCUGCCGCGUGGUGAGUCCCCGGCAGCGGCGGCCCUGUGGGCUGCGGGCGCCGCAGGCCCGCGCCGCCGCCGCCGCCAUGUGCCGCCAGAUGCUGCGCGCCAUCCUGCUGCUCUAUGCCGCCUACAAGAAGUGCGCCUUUGCCCUGCAGCACUCCCGCUGACGGGCUCCGACUGAAAACCAACGCUGCCUGCCCGCCUCGCCGCCCUGAACUCUGCGAGGCGCCCGGCUGUGGCAGAGGAGGAGGCCAGGGCAGCCCGUUUGCCCCCCAAACCGAGGGCUGCAGUGCGGCAGACUGAAAAGCAGCUCUGGCCUGAUGCGUGCAGGCACCCUGCGUUAACACUUGGGUGCGAGGUACAGGGGGAUGCAGCCAUCUGCAGGCCUGACUGACCCCGUUCGGGACUCUGCAGACUGCUUGCAAGCAGUGUUUGGAGCUUUCUCUGCUUCAGGUAGCACCUCCGCCUUUCAACGCAGAAGUGAGUCUUAUUUUGCAGCUUAAGACUAGCCCUCGCACUGGGUCGGCACCUGAGAAAAUGGCUCAUCGCAGGCGUGCAGCUGGGACAUGCAGCAUUGGAGCACUCUGCUUUGGUUGCAGCUUGCGGAGGUGAUCACCAGUUACAGCUGAUGGAUGAAAAUGUUUACGCUCAACGUCAGAUUAUGGAGAUGUGAAUGCUCCAGUUUACAACCUGUGCUGCCAUUUAUAAUCACUACCGUAAUAGCCUCAAUAAGGAGUGCAUUUCUGCUUUAUCCUGUUGCACACAAGACUCCUUAGUCUGUUGGAAGAAAAUACUCAAGUGAAAUGCUGCUACUUGAGACAUGGCCAUUUUUCACAGACAGUCCUCAAAGAGAAAGCUUUUACACUCGCAUGUAUAUGUGUACAAACGUCAAGAUAAUUUCCUUAAGCUUACUACCCUCAAAGUAAAAUCCCUUAUUCAUUCAUUUCUUGUGAAUGAAGACAUUUACAAGAACCCCAAAUUUAAAUCUUAACAUGUUAGUAGAUUUUACAUUUUUCCCCAUUUCUGGUCUUGCUUGUUGACAGCUAAUUGAUUUGCAAAGAAUUUAAUUUGCCUGUAUUAUUCAGAGUAAAAUCUCUGAUCAGUUACAGGCAGUAUACAUAGAUACAGUGUCAGUGCUUUUCGGUCUUCAAAGUUACCCGCACAAAAGUUUUUCCUCUGUUCUUUUUUCUAGCUAACGAAUAGAGAUAUUGUUGCAACUAAAUUAAUGGAGAAACAGUUUCUUAAAAAUGUACUUUUGCCCUACAGUAUUCAAACUUUCUUUACAAUUAAAUGAAUGGGUGUGAAAAGUCAUAAAACUUGUUUACAGCUAAUAAAAACAAUUUGCAAAGAUGUUGUUCUUUGUCUUCAAAGUGAGGAAAAUAACUAUUUUUUCCUUUUGUUUUAAACAUCGUAAACAAUGGAUAGAGCCUUUUAGAAAUGUACUUCUGGCAUCUUACAGUCCAAAUAAAAAGAUUGUUCUGAUUUA